UUUAUCUUCCCAAUAUAAUACUGCCAUGCAGUGCCAGACAACCUCCCUCGUUUCUGGAUAAACAGCAUAUCUAACAAGCAACCAUGGCAAUCUCUUCUCUGAGCGUUUCGACACCAAAAAUCAAUACCCAGCAGAGCAUGAACGCCUUAGCUGCCUCGAAAAGAGCCAAUUCUUUUUGUUCAUCAAAAGCUAAGAUAAAUGCCGAUACGAAGCUUUCUUGGGUUUCGAAUUUCGGCCUUGCGACGAGGAAGUGGGCUUUCGAUGUGGGAAUCGGGGUUUUAGCGGCUUCAGUUGUGGCGAUUUCGCCUUUGGACGCUGAAGCCACAAGGAUUGAGUACUACGCCACUGUGGGAGAGCCUCCAUGCGACUUCAAUUACGCUCGUUCUGGACUCGGUUACUGUGAUGUUCAACCAGGCACUGGUGUGGAAGCUCCUUAUGGUGAGCUCAUCAAUGUUCAUUACACUGCAAGAUUUUCUGAUGGAAGAGUCUUUGAUAGCAGCUACAAACGUGGUAGACCUCUCACUAUGCGCAUUGGCGCUGGCAAGGUCCUUAAGGGACUGGAUCAGGGAAUCUUAGGGGGUGAGGGAGUUCCUCCUAUGUUAGUAGGAGGAAAACGAAAGCUUUAUAUUCCUCCAGAGUUAGCAUAUGGUCCAGAGCCUGCAGGAUGCUUUUCAGGUGACUGCAACAUACCAGGCAAUGCCACUCUUGUCUAUGACAUUAGUUUUAUCGGUGUCUACUCGGGAAAUAGAAAGUGAGGAUGUCAAAUUUAGUUUGGUAACCGGUGAAGCCUGCAUAGUGCAAGUUCCUAAGGUAGCCUGAAAAAAGAAAAAAAAUACAUUGUUUGACAGUGUCGAUAAUGGAAUCUGGUUACCACAGGUACCUUUUCUUUUUGUAUACUUAGCUUGCUUAAUCAAGCCAUCAAGUUCUGCAUUUCAUUUUUAUUGCCUUCCAUUCUUUACAUCGUGAAAAUUGUAGUAAUGGAGCCUAGUACUUCCUUUCUGUAGCCCCUCAUAUGUAAAAGACAGACAUAUAAAUACAUUUGUACAUAAAGCUCGAGGGUAUUUGAAACUUCAUCUAUAUUCUUCUUGA